AUGAGUCAGACACUGUUUGGCUUCAACAAAUCGCGCAUCAUUAUGGCCGCCGGACUGGCAGGUGCUGCUUUCAUAGGAUAUUGUAUUUAUUUCGAUUAUGCUCGAAGAUCGGCCCCAGAUUACAAGGAGAAAAUUCGACAAAACCGUCGUGAGAAGGCCAGGGCUCGUGGUGGAGGUGCAGCAGCAGGUCGGAGCGGCGCUGUUUCCUCGCAACUACCUGAUCCUUCGGAUUCGGCGUCUAUGCAGGCGUACUUCUUACAAGAAGUACAACUUGGAGAGGAGUUCAUGGCUAGUGGCAAUGUUGAAGAAGGCGCAAUACAUAUAGCAAACGCCAUCGCGCUUUGCGGGCCAUCGCAGCAGCUGUUACAAAUAUUCCAACAGACGUUGCCUGCUGAACAAUACGCAGCAGUCAUUGAACAGUUGCCACAUACUCGUGCGCGAUUGGCUGCAAUGUUUGGCGAAGCAGCAGAAGCAGCCGAAUCUCAGCACCCGGCAGUGAUUUGUCCAGCGGAAGAAUUACCACCUGCUCAGGUAAAAUAG